GCCUUGUAUGUAUGUAAAGCUUAUAUUAUUGAAAAAUAAAAAACAGAUCAGUAAAUUCAUCGAACCGUUUUUUCUACUGCCAAUGUCUAGGCGUACACCAGAAGUGGGACGUUUGCGUGCUUGCCCAGCUCCUCUUCGUUUUAUUAAUUAACAUGAAAUCCUCCUCAUGCAGCCUCACAGAAAUUCAGCAACGGAUAGACGAAGUCACUCGGUUUCUAUCUAUAACUCUUAAUAUUGCUAAUGCCCACACAGUGGAGUUUUACACUCAAGACGUGUGGAAACGGUUCGUGGCCGUAUCACCGGAGGACGUCCUGUCAGCUGUAGGUUCCGGUAAUCACCAGCAGAGGGAGCCACAGCACAGGCAAAGUGAGCAGCCCAGCACCACAUUUGGGUUUUGCAAUGAUACAAAGCGACUGGUUGGCACCCAGGAACUUGUGCAGGCAGCUAAAGAGCACUCUCUUCCCAGCCUUGGACUCUGCAUGAGCCGGGAGAAUCUACUGCAGGACCUCAGGGACAUGAAGUCCGACUCUGGUACUCCAGAGGAGACAGUGGCUGCUUUUGAGUCAGAUGAGUUUAUGACUUCUAAGAAAUCCCAUGAAGUCCAGUCCAUGUCUGAGGUGGUGGCCUGCCUGGCUCAGCACUGUGGGGUUAAUCAGGUGAUAGAUGUAGGCUCAGGGAAGGGCUACUUGAGCUCCUUCCUCUCUCUUCAGUAUGCCCUUCGGGUGUAUGGCAUUGACUCCUCUAGCACCAACACCCACGGUGCUCAGGAGAGGAACAGGAAGCUAAAGAAGUUCUCGAAAGCAUACCAGAAACACACCAAAGCAGCAAGGACGCAAUCAGAGGCCACACAUUCUCCUCAGGAGGAGUUAAUAGAAAGAAAAACUGGGCUGAAUGGAGACGAAGAUGUUUUCUCUGGUAAUGGGCCAAGAAUUCGGUCACAAGAGGAGGAGAGGGUGUUAACAAGCUCAUCAGACAUCAACCCCACAGUGGAAGGACGUUCAGAGCAAAACCUAGAAACAGACGAGCUCUUCCUGAGUGCUUUAUCCGUGGAUGUAAUACAGCCUGCUUCCCCCAGAGUUCCCCCAAGUCAACUCAGUGCUGAGGAGAGAGAGAGGAGGAAGAGAGAGAACCUGGAGAGGAAAGCUCAGAGCAGGGCAGACAGCACUGGAGCCGUGUUUUCACCUCUCACAUCUUACGUUACUGCAGAAACAGAGCUCCGAGACCUCAUCAAUGAGCUGGAGGAUGCAGUCAUGGUUGGCCUGCACACUUGUGGCGACUUGGCUCCCAGCACGCUGAGGAUGUUUGUGGCUAAACCGGAGCUAGCCGCAGUCUGCAGUGUGGGCUGCUGCUAUCACCUGCUGUCUGAGGAGUUUGACCAUGCCGGACAGAAGUGUUUACAGAGUGUGUGUGGUUUCCCUCUGAGUCAGUACCUCCGUGACCAAUCCUGCUUUUGUGGCAGAAAUGCCAGGAUGUCAGCAUGUUUGGCACUGGAAAGAGUUGCACUUGGCCAAGGGAUUCAGAUGGAAUCUCUGUUCUACCGAGCAGUCCUUCAUGUUAUUCUGAGGGACCACUACAGCUCCUAUAAAAGUGAAAAGCGAGUUGGGAAUGUUUACUCCAAAGCAAAGUCAUUUGUGGACUACGUUCGGCGAGCUCUGCGCAGACUGGAACUGGAUGAAUCAAAGCUCUCUGACAGCGACAUCCAGGAUUAUCACAACACAUACAGAGUGCGAAUGGAUGAGAUGCAUGCUUUUAACAUGCUGAAGGUGACCCUUGCUCCCUGUAUCGAAGGUCUGAUUCUCCUCGAUCGCCUCUGCUAUCUGAAAGAACAGGAGGACGUGUCAUUCUCUGCACUGGUGCAACUGUUUGACCCCCUGUUGUCUCCCAGAUGCUAUGCUGUCAUCGGACUCAAGAAUGAUGGGAAAAGAACUACAAGCUGAGGAACUCGAACAUAUGCACAUAAUACAAUGAUUCAAGGUUCAUGUUUAUACAUGAACGAAGCAGCAAUCAUGCUUUGAAAGUGAUUGUAUUAUGUAUGCAUUCCCAACUGUUUGUUUUAAUUGCAACAUUUCAUCUAGUUUGAAUCUUUUUUUUAAUGUUAUCUCGAUUUGUGGAACACAUGGUGUUACUUUUAAAUGGAAAAGUAUCUGAAAUAUUUCUACUUCUCUGGUCUUGGCCUUGGGUUCUUCUCAGAGAUCAAACCCGUGCUCGAAACACCUGGAAAAACUGCCUUUUCUCUUUGAUAGCAUACUAUGUAUUGCAUCCUUUUAACAUGUUUUUAAAGACAGUUUAGGGGGUUUGAAGCAUUAUGGGAUUUAAAGUAACCAGGUUCCCCUCAGCAGGUCUGGAAACUCAAUUUCUAGAAUCCCAAACCAGAGGAAGUAGAGGAAAAGACAGGGCAUGUGGUGCCCUUGUCUCCAAUCUUAAUAUUUACUUUUUUUAAAUUUACCUCUGCCUCAGUUAUUUAAUAAAUCAUAUUCUUUGUACAUGUUUGAAAAUUAAUGUAUGUGGGUUUUGUUUUUGUUUUUUUGUUUUUUUAGCAUAUAGCUCUUCUUCUGACCUUUCCCUGUAAAACCCGUAAGAUGUUCGUGUGUGCAAAUUGCAGUAAAUCAGCAGUUUCUGAAAUAUUGUGACCAGCCUGUCUGACACCA